AUGUUCAUUUUGACCGUAUCGAACGAGGUCAUACUCCUAAUUGGGCAGCAAUUACAAUCGCAACAAGAUAUUUACGCGCUGGUGCAAGUUAGCCGCCGUUUCUAUCAUCUACUGAAGCCCCUCUUGUAUCGACACAACUUUCAUCAUCAGAACGGGGCUGGCAUUCUCCAGGCAGCUAAGCUAGGAUCAAUCCCUGCGGUGGCCCAAUUCAUCAAAGAGGGAUACCUUGUGAGAGACCGACCUAUCCAUGAGGAGGAACACCCACCAGAGCCUGAGUUUCCACCAUGGGCCCCAUGUUCAUGUCGUUUGGAGCACCCAAUCUUUCGUGCUGCGGAAUAUAGGCAUUCGGAGCUUGUUAAGUAUCUUCUAAACAGGGGCUCGGGACUAGACUUUGAGAAUAAUCUCGGUGAAACACCUAUACAUCUAGCGGCGAAAAACGGGUUUCUCUCGGUCAUCAAGGUCCUUCUUAAUAGAAGUAUGUCGACACUCCUCAUGGAUAAUGACACUAAAUUCACCUUUGCUCCUAUCAAAGAGGCUGCAUUAAGAGGACAAACGCACGUGGUCGAAUAUUUAUUGUCUUAUUCUCCAAACCCACACGACUAUGCUUCUUCAUCCCUUCCAUUUGCCGCUGUAUCUGGGAAUAUAGCCCUAGCAUUAAUGCUCCUUGGUUAUGGGGCAGACAUCAACUAUAAGUACAUUGAACGAUAUGCUCCCAGGAAGGCUUUAAAUCCAUAUGGAGCAGGAGGGCACGAAUCAACAGCAUUAUCGGUGGCAGCUAGAUAUGGCCAUUUAGCUUUGGUGAAUUUUUUACUUGUCAAUGGCUCCGACGUGAAUCUCAAAACGGGGUUCCCUUCUCUCUGGAAGACUCCUCUAAACUUAGCACUUGAGAAAGGCCAUGAAGAGGUCAUCAAGGCGCUUUUGGCUCACGGUGCCAACGUCGAUGAUAAACAUUUACGUGAAGCUAUUUUGCACCGCAACAAGAAAUCACUAGAUAUGCUCCUCGCCAAGCGUGGAACCGACAAAUGCCAGAUCAAUAUCUUAGAGCUUGCAGCAGAGGUUGGCGAAACGGAAAUAUUCCAGAUGCUGUUGGAUAAAGGCUUCGAUCAAGAAAAAGUUUUCCUGAAAGCAAUUGAACACGGCCAAGAGGCGAUCGUGACCCUCCUCCUAGAAAGUGCAAUCGGCAAAGCAAUUGUUCAACGUCAUAUCGGCAUCAUGGAAGUAUUAUUGCGCCAUGGAGCUCAAAUCUACCCUGAGGAUCUGGGAUUCGCGAAUGUUUUUGCCCCCGAGCAUAUAACAAGGUUGGCAAAACUGUUCCCCGUGCAUUCCCUCAGCAAAAGGGCUAUGUUUCCCUCUAUAUAUAAUGUCUGGGAGCAGGGGUAUAGAUUAUGGGAUGAUGAUUUAGGUUCCGUCCGGAGGAGACUCUGGUAG